AUGAGUCUGUUAGCCAUUAAGGUAGCUGAAUCUCCAGUGAAAAGUGAGGGUUUACAAGAUGAACUCAGGGCUUUUGAUGCUACAAAAACUGGUGUGAAAGGAUUAGUAGAUGCUGGGAUCGAAAACAUCCCAAAAAUAUUCAUUAGACCAGCUGAUGAAGUUGCCGAGGAAUCAAACUAUGGGCACAGCAAUUUACAGAUGGUUUCAAAUGACGUGUUUAAAAGUGCUUGGCAUAGAGUGCUAUCCAACCAGGUCGGACCAAGAAUUUCAGUGGCAUGCUUCUUGGCCGGUGUCAUGGAUCCUGCGAAGGUCUAUGGUCCAAUCAAAGAGUUGACGACUGAAGAAAACCCCCCUAUAUACAAAGACUUUACAGUAAAUGAGCAUUUGGCCAAGUUCUAUUCAAAGCCGAUUGGAAAAUCAUGCCUAGAUGAUUUCAAGCUUAAAAAUUAG